AUGCGUGAUUUUGGAUCAGAUACAUCGUUCUUCAGUUUAUUCGUGAGUACCAGUGGUUAUAUUACAAAGGUUUUUCCAGAAAAUGGAAGCAAAAAUGGAACACACGCUUUGAAAAACAUAAACAUGCUUUGUGUUGCAAAAAGAGGUGUGAAAUCAACAGAAAAGAAGAAGAUUCGAAUCACUUACCAGUUCAAGGUGACGACACUGAAGAUGGAGUGGCCAGGGUCAUACUCUGGUGGGAAGCAAGGUUGUUGCUACCCAAAGACUGGGAAACCUGCAAAAGAUUUCACCAUCGCUGGACUAUGGCCAUGUUAUUUGGAUGCUACAAUCCCAGAGUUCUGCGAUUCUCAUAGUCAUUUCAACAUAGCUAAGACCUCAAACCUAACCAAAAACUUGCAAACAAAUUGGCCAGCCCUUGCCUGCCCAAGCAGCGACAGUGAGAAUAAGCUAUGGUCGCACGAAUGGAACCAACAUGACUACUUUGAAGCAGCUCUUAGACUAAAGAAACAAGUGAACCUCCUCAAAAUACUCACUAAUGAAGGUGAGAAUAGAGACUAA